AGCACCAUGGAGCUGCAGCACAGCACCAAUCACAACCAGGCCUUGUUGUGGAAAGAGAUACCGUGGGAUUUCGGCGAGGAAUGUUCACUCUCAGUGAGCGGCACCACGUUCCUCAUUGUAGCUUACAGCACGGUGUUGGCAGUAGGUCUCAUCGGGAACUCCUGCCUGGUGUUUGUCAUCAGUCGAUACAAGGAGAUGCGCAACGUGACCAACAUCUUCAUCGUCAACCUGUCUUGCUCUGACAUCCUCAUGUGCAUUUUCUGCCUGCCGGUCACCAUUACCUACACCCUGAUGGAUCACUGGAUCCUGGGAGACACUCUCUGCAAGCUCACGCCCUUCAUCCAGUGCAUAUCAGUCACUGUCUCCAUCUUCUCUCUCGUCCUUAUCGCCAUGGAGCGCUACCAGCUCAUCGUCCACCCGACUGGAUGGAAGCCUGUGGUGGGCCAGUCCUACCUGGCCGUGGCUGUCACCUGGAUUGUGGCCUGCCUUAUCUCCGUGCCUUUCCUCUCAUACAGCGUGCUUGCCCGGCCUUUACAGAACCUGAGUGUCCCCUUCCUAGUCGGUGAUCACUCCGUUUGUAUGGAGCAGUGGCCGACAGUCGAAGAACGCAGAGCUUACACCACCUCCCUGCUCAUUUUCCAGUACUUCCUCCCGCUCGUCCUCAUCAUGGUCUGCUACCUGCACGUCUACCUGCGCCUGAGGAGGAGGAAGGACAUGGUGGAGCGCGGCAGGAACACCACUCAAAGGAAAAACAAGGGCUCCACAAGGAUCAAUGCCAUGUUGAUCUCCAUAGUGGUGGCCUUCACCAUCUCCUGGCUCCCUCUCAACAUCUUCAACACCGUGUUCGACUGGAACCACGAGGCCAUCCCGUCCUGUAGCCACGACGUCAUCUUCUCGUUCUGCCACCUCACAGCCAUGGCCUCCACCUGCAUCAACCCCAUCAUCUACGGUUUCCUCAACAGCAAUUUCCAGAAACACCUCAAAUCCACUCUGUUGCACUGUCGCUGCUGGGUGGUGGCAGAGCGGUACGAGACCGUCCCGCUCUCCACUGUCAGCACAGAGGUCACCAAGGGGUCUAUCUUGAGCAAUGGAUCCAUCAGCAUCAAUUCCUAA